CCCUCCCCUUCCCUCCCCCCCCUACUAAGGCUCCCCGCCCGCCGCGCUCCGCUCACUGGCCGCUCGUCCCUACCGACCCAGCGUCCCCGCCGCGCCUCUGGCCAAGGUUUCAACAGACCUCACCAAGAUGCCGUCUCAAAUGGAACACGCCAUGGAAACGAUGAUGUUCACAUUCCACAAGUUUGCUGGGGACAAAGGCUACUUAACGAAGGAGGACCUGAGAGUACUCAUGGAAAAGGAGUUCCCUGGAUUUUUGGAAAAUCAAAAAGACCCUCUGGCUGUGGACAAAAUAAUGAAGGACCUGGACCAGUGCCGGGACGGCAAAGUGGGUUUCCAGAGCUUCUUCUCACUCAUCGCCGGGCUUACCAUCGCGUGCAAUGACUAUUUUGUGGUUCACAUGAAGCAGAAGGGGAAGAAGUAGGCAGCCCUGAGCCGCGCUCCCACCCCAAGAGAGUUCUCCUGACGGUCCCUCACAGAGUCUGCCCCGCAGCUCCCCGCUGUACAAAGGAUUCCAUGAGCAGAGCGGGACCCUUAGAAAAUGUACACAUAAAAUGCAACCCCCGUUUGAGAAGCAGAGAAAGUAAAGUCCAUGAAAACCAGAUAAGCUUUCCAUUUUUUAUAUUGCCUGCAUCCUCUUGCCCCCAAUAAACAAAUUCCUUUUUUAGUUCCUCACUUGA